GAGGGCAACCUUACAACACCAUCCUAUGCCCUCUUCACUGAAACCAUGCGUCUGGUUGGCGAUGCCGCCAAGGACCGGACGUUUAUGAAUCCUCAUAACACACUUUCCAAUGCCAACCGUUUGAUUGGGCCAAAGUUUGACGAUCAUGAAAUCCAGUCUGAUCCUAGGUAUUUUCCCUUCAAACUCAUAAAUAGAGGCAGCGAAGCUCGCCAUCCAAGUCUUACCGUGGCGAACAAAAGGAAUCAGAUUUCCUCGAUGAUUCUCACCAAACCGAAGGCAACUGCAGAAGCCUUUCUUAGUCAAACCAUUACUGAUGCUGUUGUCGCUGUCCCUGCCCACUUCAACGACAUAAUAUCCUCAUUCUCGACCUGA